AUGUCAAACUUUCAAUCCAAUAGGAAAGCUGCUCUCUACAAACUCAAACUUUCAUUGGCGGACCAAGCCUCCCGGUGAAGAAAAGUUUUGGAAGUCCGGCCCAUGAUUGUCUGGAUUGAAAUGUAAGCCUGUCUCCCCUGCCAUCAGGAAACACAUCGCGGAUUUCUCCUUCUAGCAGCUAUCCUUGUUCGGUUAUCGCAGUAGCCUAACCGUGGCGUACGAGAGCGAGGAUUUGUGCUCCCCUAGACAGGUUUCCAGACACCAGCUAAACUGGACGCGGAACUGGACGGAAGGUAUAACUCCGAGAUCCCAAUAAUAAUUUGCGGACUAAACGCAAUGGGUAAGUUUAUAUGGAAACAUUGUGUGCCGAUGAUUGAGUUAGUCUAUAACAGGCAUUCCUACCUCGUUCAAGGAACGAAUUAUACCUACAUUCUAAUGAUUCGAUUAUGAUUAGCCUAUGUUGCUUGUAUGGCGAUUGUAUGGAUACACGGAAUAGUAUUUUUGCGCUUCAGUUGGUUUUUACGAAGGAUUUUCCAAUGACCAUUAUUAGUAGCCGAUUGGUAAAACUAGCCUAUAGCAUAGACAUGCGUAAAACACAUUUGUACUGCAACUGUAUCUUUAAAUUAAAAUACAAUGGUAUUACAAUGUAGCAGUAUGUUAUGCACAAACUGAAAAAUGUGCGGGGUUUUUAUGAGCAGGGGGUAGGUAGCCUAAUGGUGAGACAUGUUUUUAUUUUCAUCACGCGCUAAAUUGGGUUUUACGCAUCUGUUUUGAGUGCAUUAUAAAGAUAUAUAUAUAUAUAUAUAUAUAUAUAUAUAUAUAUAUAUAUAUAUAUAUAUAUAUAUAUAUAUAUUCUAUAUACAUCCCAAUACAUUUAAGACAAUCUCAUAUGCUGUAAAUAAGCAUUUAAUUCGUCCUUAACCGGGUGGAAACGACAUUGCAGACCGCAUUAGCAUGUAGGCAUGAUUAACAACACUAGUCAUAAUAGGGCCUUGUUGUGAUUACAGACUACUACAGCUACACGUUGUCUAACUUAAGAUGUGUGUUUCAUUUAGCUGUCUCUGUAUAUGUUUCCAUGACACCAGAGCCAGCCUUCGGAGAGGUGAAUCAGCUCGGCGGUGUUUUCGUCAACGGCAGACCGCUACCCAACGCCAUCCGGCUGCGGAUUGUAGAACUCGCUCAGCUAGGCAUCAGGCCUUGCGACAUCAGCAGACAACUCCGGGUCUCCCACGGCUGCGUCAGCAAGAUACUGGCCCGGUACAACGAGACUGGCUCUAUACUCCCGGGAGCGAUCGGUGGCAGCAAGCCACGGGUCACCACGCCAUCAGUGGUCAAGCACAUACGGACAUACAAGCAGAGGGACCCGGGUAUUUUCGCAUGGGAGAUCCGGGACAGGCUACUGGCUGACGGCGUUUGUGACAAAUUUAAUCUACCAUCUGUGAGCUCCAUCAGUCGGAUCCUCCGCAACAAGAUUGGCAAUCUGUCCCAGCAGAGUCAGUAUGAGUCCAGCAAGCAGUCGUCUCACCCACCACCUCAACCAACGCUACCAUACAACCACAUAUACUCGUAUCCGACCCCCAUCGGAGCAUCUGGGACCAAAGUACCGACUCCCCCGGGCAUGCACUCCCUCCCUGGACACAUGGCUAUGCACAGGAUAUGGCCCUCAUCGCACUCGGUAACAGAUAUUCUGGGGAUUCGGUCGAUAACUGAGCAACAAAGUAAGCAUGAUUUUUACUUUGGUACAUGGGUAAAGAAAUUGCAUUUGUUAAUAGUUAAAAUUCAUAGGAAAACGCAUGGGUCAGCAGGGGAUGCGUGUGCGUACUUGCGUGUGUACGUGCGUGUAGUGGGCCUUGUCGCAAGGUAGGCAGAUGUGUAACUUUUAAAAUUUUGAGUUAGGCAGUUUUUAUCAGGAUCAUUAUUCAAUAUUAUGAGCAAUGCACAUAGGUAUAACAGUAUGUGUGCAUUAAGGCCUACUAAUAACAGAUAAAAGAUAAACAACUUUUCUCAAUAAAAGAGUGACUCUUCUGGAACGAACUGCGAACAUAAAUUGGCUUUCUAAGUUAGUGAUGUGUUAUUUGCCAGAAUCGGUGAGUGCAUGUAUUAGUAACGUUUAGUUCCUAGUUCAAACGGUUGCAUUAAAACAGAUGGUUGAAGGAAGGCUUGGGGCGGAUGUGGAAUAUUAGUGGGAUAACGAAGGGAAGGCGCAGCGGUGCACGAGGAGAUGAACUCAAAUCAAAAUGAGGUGUUCAAAGCUUUGCCCUGCCAUGUCUUGCAGCCAUACAUUUGUCCUUGCCUUACUUCAAAAUACACACCCCUGCAAUGCAGUUUCACACGCUUUUAGCCUAUCAUACUGCUUCAAUAGGCUAUACGGGGCUACAUUGAACUAGGCUACUGAAGGCCUGUGUUGUUGCGUAAAGACCCUAUCUAAGUUUAGAGAACUUGUUUUUGUUAGUUACAGUCAUGAUUGGAAAGUUCGUUUUCACUAUGUUACCACAAAUACUAUUCUGUUUUGGAAACAAUGUAGCCUAAAUAAAUAUGACCUCCAUAAAUAAUAAUAAAUGACUUUUCUUGUGAAUAAGAUUUUUAAGGACAACGUUUUUUUGUUUUAGCAAAGAGAGUGUUAGAUGUCAGUCGACCGCCUAUGCGCUUGUCAUAACCGUUCUUCUGUCAGAAGUUAGAACGCUCUCGGGUCUCACCGCCUUGUAGAUAGAAACAUGCCACUCUCCUUAGAGCUUGUAUAGUAGACCUCUUUAGAUCCGGGAGGCCGCGGCCAUUCCAUGUCUUAACUUAACUCCAACAAUCAAACAACAAGGCUUCGCCACUCAAACGCAGCGCAGAUCUUCAAGCCGAACAAGAAAUCCCGGGGAGGAAUGUGUUCUCAAAGGAUGCCUUUAUAAACAAUUUAUGCAUUUCCAAAUUAUUAGCAGAUGUUUGCGGCAGGUUUUGAAAGUCGAAAUAAGUAUAAUGUACACUGAAUGACGUGAGGUCUUUUAGCGCCACAAUCACCUCGACAGGUUUUCAUUUUUUUUUUUUUACCUGACUAUGAUAUGGCCUAUUAUAGAUAUGCUGUUGGGUUUACAUUACAACAUGGAGGGAAUACUCAAUACAGUAAGCCUAUUCUAAGACGAAGAGCGUAAAAAAAUAUCACUAAGACGCAAAUGGCGAGCACAGGCCUCAUGCGUAAAACUAUAGGCUUAGCGUAAAACUAUAGGCUAUGCGUAAAAACUAUACGCUUAACGUAAAGAUGCGUAAAACAUAAUAUGAGUUGCAUUUGAAAUAUGUCGAUAUUUGGAAAGGCAUUGGUCAUCAAAUGGCACUGUCACACACACACACACUACGCCACGCCACGCCAGGCCACGCCUACCGUGCCAUCAAGAAAGUGAGAUAACAUUCAUCCUCCCUCGAAAAAACUUAAGACAGCUUUGUCAGCGAAGGAUUAUUCAAGAAAAAGACCCCCCAAAAGACUCAAACCUUUUAGACGUACAACAAAUAUUUCAUAAAUGUCUAUAUGCACAAAAUAGACAACUACAAGUACAACUUGAUUUGAUGAAAGAAAGUAAAGUGGGUUGAGAAAGAAAAUAAUCGACUCAGUGGUCUUCUCAAGUUACAACACUUGUGGGCUUGCUUUUCUUAUUCUAAACGUUGGGAACCGUGUAUAAUACAAUAUCCAUCACGUUCAAAGCGGAAACGGUUCAAGUAAAUCUAAUUUGUCCCCACAGGAAGACGGGCUUGGUUAAAUGUUCCUGACAAUUACACGAAAGAAUCGUCUUACUGCAUUCCUUUUAGCAAUGAGCUGCUUCGGUAUGAUCAGUAGGCUAAUGCAAAGCCACACACAUAUACGGGUUUUCCAGGGUUCUGAGGAAUUACUUCAGACCAUGUAAAUAGAGAAAUGACUAGGGCUAGGCGCCCUCUGCAGUAGGCCUAAUUCAGAUUUGUCUAUACAGAUGCAAAAACGGAUUUUAAGACAACCAUAGCCCUAGCCAUUUCUCUAUUUACGUGGUCGGAUCUGAAGUAAUUCCUCGCAAAUGAUGAUCGUUACCAUUUCAAGUAUUUUCCGUAUUUUUGCUAAAAAGCUGUAUAGUUAUUAAGGUGAGAUGAAUGCCUACAAUAGAUGGGAGUGGUAGCGUGAAGUCUCUUCGGUUAACCUCCUCUGAUUUCCCUCUCCUCUGUCUCUGUGUCUCUUUGUUUUGCCCCAUGCAGUUAGUGACAGUUCGUCCUUUCCCAGUGCUAAACUAGAAGAAUGGAGCGUUAUAAACAGGACUAAUUUUCCGCAGUCAGCAAGUUCUCCACUAGUCAAUGGCCUGCAGCAUAAACCACCGCAUUCUAUAGAACCUGAAGUAAAAUACACACAGGUAAAAGGAUACAUCUCCUUUUCUAUAGAAUUCCGUCCUCAUCCAUCUUUAGCCUAAUUUGUGUUAAUCACAAGGUCAAGUACAAUAUGAUGACCUUCAAGUGUAGUGUCUCACACUUAUUGUGUAAUCAAUAUACGAGCUGAGUAUGCUUUCUUGGUGCUUUCAAUCAUAUUGACACGCUACCUCCUCUGGGUGUAUGCCUCUAGACAAGGCACCGACCACACCGCAGUGUAUGGGCCUAUAGGCUACUGUGGGUUGUUCUAUUCGGCUCCAUGGCAUACUGUGCUCUUACAUUGUUAUUACGUAUUGUAGUUUUGUGUCCAUCACUGGCAUAUGAUUGAUUCAGUUCUGUGACAAAUUAGCCAUGAACCUGGAACCUCAGAACCCAUCAAUUUCCUUGCAGGUGAUAGCAUGUUGACAACUUGACAUAUAUGAUGUACUGAGAAGCUCAACGGCGGUCAUUAGCAUAGCACGCCAAAUGUACAUUUGAAUAGACCGGCUUUUCCCUUUCGAAAACAGAUUGCAGUCAGAGUGCAGUAUAACUGCAGUAUGCCGCAAAUACUGCGUCCAAACUAACACCGUUUUUUUUGCUGCAGUAUUUUUCAGUGUAACUGUAGUUAGAGUGCAGUAUAACUGCAGUUAUUCUGCAAUUACUGCGUCCAAAAUACCACAGUCGACUGCAGUUACUGCACUUUUAGCUGUUUCAACUGCAAUCUUUUUUUGUAAGGGUUGUACAAGUUCCGUUUGAAUAAUACUCUAAAUAUAGCGAUAUUCUAUAGCCAAACGUUGUAUCGGGGGUAACAUAUUUAAUUUGUAAUUUUUUCAGCAAAAGCUCUUGGUAUUUUGUACUUUGCAGCCACUUUCCUUUAUCUUAUAAGGUUUAGGGAUAUGAAAGAAUAAGAAAGAAACUAAACUUCUCAAGUCAUCUUCUAUUAUACCAGGAAACUUGACCAGAGGCAUCAGGUCGUCCUGCUGACGUCGAUUUACAUAAUUGGACACGUUUCUACAGUUUUUUUUUUUGUUGCAAGAGAAAAUCCAUUGGCACAAAACAGACCGAUUGACCGACUAAGAUAAUCAUAACAGUUAUUGGAUAAAUAUUAUUUAAAUGUUUUUAUUUUUGUGUGUUAUGGUUGUAUAUUUUAUGCUGAUCAUCAGGAUUGCCUAAUUUCAUUGCAUUUCCAUAUUGUCUUAACCAACGUGUUAAAAUAACUAAUAUUAGGCCUAAUGUAAAUGAAUAACAAGACUGAAGUUUAAAUAAUUAAAACGUAAUUACACAUGUAUAUAUUUUGGCCAGUAGACUAGGCUACAUUUAUGUUAACAAUUAACCCCCAAUAAUGAUUUACACGCUGAUCUAAUAGAAGCUGAAAGGUAUUGCUGAAAUUGUGGUAAAUUCCAUCGAAGCUUAUCCCACUAAUAGGCCUAGUCGAAUAACAGAUUAUAUUUUAGUGUAUAUAGACGUUUUUUUAAUUCCAAAAGUUUCACGAAGAACAUGUCACUAAACUCGGUGUUGUGUUAGAAAAUAUGGUGCAUUUUAUGUUGCAUAAUAUAUCGACUGCAAGGGUGCAAACAACGUGUGAGGUGGAGGCACGAGGUAGUUGACACAGUGUGAGCGCGAGCGUGCAUGAAUGAUAUAGUGUGUGUGAGAGAGGAAGUGAGAGGGGGAGGCAUGCAUAGUUGGUAUGAUAUAUCGUCGGAGGCACGCGAGAUAAUGCCAAAACGAAUUCUGGGGUCUUGACGCCCAUAACGCCUGGUGGAAAAAGGCGCACGGGACCUUUUCAAAUUGUAUAAUGUGAAGUGAAUUGAUCGAUAUUCAAGUAUGGUGUUAUCAAAUUUCUGUGAUUGUUUGCUGUUUAUACACGCAGCAUUGAAACCACCCUUGAGACAAAAAGACUGGCGUAUUAUGACCAGUUGCAUGAUGAUACAUGGGAAAUCGAUUUAUUCAAUAGACUACUGUUUGAUGCAUCAAUGGGGACAAAUAAUGCAGAAAAACACAUGCGGUGGUGAUAUAACUCGUUCGGAUAAAAAAAACUAAAUCAAAAUGCAGGCCUAAUGCAUUUUGCAGAUAGCCUAUACAUGGCAUAAUCAGUCAUAGGUCAAGUUAUUUUUUAUAUUUUUACUUUAUUUUAUUCCAAGGUUUCAAUAAGCAAAUUAUUUAGUUUUGAGAUUUUGUAUGUCAAAGUCUAAUUUACAUUUUAGUCAUUUAGCAGACGCUCUUAUCCAGAGCGAUUUACAGUUAGUGAGUGCAUACAUUCUUUUUCAUACUGCUAAAUUCCCCGUGGGAAUCGAACCCACAACCCUGGCGUUGCAAGCGCCAUGCUCUACCAACUGAGCUACACGGGACCUAAUCUAAUGUCAUCAUCACAAUAUAAAACAUACUUAUAAUCCGAUCAAUUUUCAACUAUUUGGAUUGUAAUUUGUACGGUUUUAAUGGGUUCAAACGCCCCAUUUUCAAAGUAUGGCUUUCUCUGCGUGCCACAGGCUGCUAUAGGCCUAUAGUGGCCAACGGGACUUCAUUUGUUGAUGAUAAACUAGGCCUACUGAUGUACUGAAUCCUUUCCAAAUGGGGCAUAUAGACCCAUAUUUCAAAACACUAUACACACACUGCAGUCUGCACGCACUUUCAAAACACAUAACAACACGGCCGCCCUCUCCCCAUUCACAUCCACAGUCCUUCCUUAUAAUAAAAGUAGACUUGUGGCGACUGAAGUAAGAAGGAGUGGGCAUUUUCAAAAAGCUGAAGGUCAAUUGCCAUAUAAUUCAUUAUGUCCAAAUUCAAUUUUAGCAAAAAAUAAUGUUUUUUUCGUUCAAGUGUCAACAGCGAACAGCGCAGUAUAAGCUAUGCAGCUGCAAUGGCACAGCUAUUUACUGAUGUGAAACAUGAAAAAUAAAUAACUCCUUCCCAAUGGCAGGUCAAUAAAGCAUGUAUAGAUUAACCCACACGCAAGCAUUUGAAAAUAAAAAAUAAAAUGUAAUGAAUUCAAGAUGUAGCUUAUAUCUGGCUUAUAGCUACAGUACACGCAGUGCUUGAAGUUCUCUUAACCGUAGGCCUACAUGAGUUGUCCCAGUCAUGCGCCGCAGGGUGUAUCAUGUCACUCUUUGGAAGAAUAAUUGGAUCAUUACAUUUCCAUUUAAGGUAAUGACACGCAUAUCCAUAAACAGCGCCGGCGGCUCGGAUGUAAUCUUUAAAUGCCUUUCUUACGUGCAGGUACUCUAGAGUCGAUAGGAUCACUUUUAUCAGACAUAAUAGCAACAUAACGAAGACCAGUAGGUUUCACGCUAAUGACAAAUCACUGGUUUUGACUGACAUUUGGAUACGACGGAAUUUUUCCUAUAAUUAUGAUUUGUUAGCCUAUUAGGCUACACCAUUUGAUGCAUUUCAAUAUAGUCUACUGUCGUCUAAAUACCUCGAGAGUGGAUUCUAAUAAAUAUGAUAAAAUAUGUAUUAUUACAGGCUGCCUUGUACAGCAUAUGUUUUCUUAUUUUAUAUGAUCCUUAUGUGUAGGCCUAUUCAGUAGCCGCCUGUUCCAAUUCAAAUUGCUUUUAUCCGUCGAUAUAGGCUAUUUGUGAUUAUUCUCAGAUCAGCCGUCUUGUAUAACAUAAAAGCAUGAAAACGAUAACCAACAAGAAAGCGAAUUAUGUAACGAAAUAAAAAACUAGAAUUAAAUUGGUAAGCUUGCCUUUUCCAUUUGACAGAAUUUACUGAAGAGUGCUAGCCAUUAAAAUAACUAUUGCGCGCCACAAGCAAGCCAAGGGCUAUGUAUUUUUCUAAGCAUGACUUCACAUUGAAUAUUGAGGAAUAAAGGAGGGAAACAAACAAAAGUAAGUCUAUACGAAAAGCAAUUUGUGUAGAAUAUCAGAAUUCGAAUAAACUGAAUGUAUUCGUGUGACGUGUGUAUUUAUUGAUUUAUCAUUAUCCAAUACCGGAAAAACAAUUGUACCAAGUUAAAAUAUGUGCAAUAUGGGCUAGGUAGGCUAGGCUACUUCAUGAACUAUGUUAUUAGUUUUUAAAUAAUUUCAAUAUCUUGAAAAAACAUAAAUUAAAAGCUGUGUAGGCCUAUGGAAAAUAUUCAGUAGGAGAACAUUAGAUACAUUAACCGUAAACUAAAAUGGCAUAAUGUAAGUAGGCCAACGGCAUUUUGCUUCCUGAAAUACAAAACAUCACUUAAAUUAUAGGCCUAGGCUCCAUAAAAACUAAAAGCCUUUAGAAUCUGAGUAAUGCACGUGCAUCUUCAUGACUGUAAAUGUCCGUCGAAAUAAAAAAAUAAUACAGGCAUUGGGUCUUAUGUCGAGGAAUUCCUGGACAAAUACUAUACAGCAACGACAAUGAUCUCCUCUCUCCCGCAGAAACCAUUCUGAUUCCCAGAAGUCAUAGAAUAUAAAAAAAAAAGCCCUUUUUUUAAAAAAAAAAAAAAAAGGGGGAAAUUUUUAUUUUUAAAAAAAAAAUUGGGAAAAAAAAAAAAAAACCCCCCCCAAAAAAUUUUUUUUUAAAAAAAAAAAAAAAAAUUUUCCCCCAAAAAAAAAUUUAAAAAAAUUUUUAAAAAAAUUUUAAAAAAAAAAAUGGGUUUUUUUUUUUUUUAAAAUUUUUUUUAAAAAAAAUAAAAAGGGGGGAAAAACCCCCCCAAAAAAAAAAAAAGGGGGGGAAAAAAAAAAAAAUUUUUUGGAAUUUUUUUUUUGAAAAAAAAUUUUUUAAAAAAAAGGGGGGGAAAAAAAAAAAAUUAAAAAAAAAAAAACCCCCAAAAGGGGGGGGAAUUUAAAAAUUUUUUGGGGAAAAAAAAAAAUUUUUUUUAAAAAAAAAAUUUAAAAAUUUUUAAACCAAAAAAAAAAGGGGGGGGGAAAAAAGGGCUUAAAAAAAAAUUUAAAAAAAAAAAAAGGUUUUUUUUUAAAAAAAUUUAAAAAAUUUUAACCAAGGAAAAAACCCCCCCAAAAAAAAUUUUUUCCCUUUUUAAAAAAAAAAAAAAAAAAAAAAGGGGGGGGUUUAAAAAAUUUUUUAAAAAAAAUUUUUUUUCCCCCCUUUUUUUUAAACCCCCUUUUUUUUUUAAAAAAUUUUCCCCAAAAAAAAACCCCCCGGGGAAAAAAAAACCCCCUUUUUUUUUUCCCCCCCCCUUUUUAGGGGGGGCCCCCCCCUUUUUUUUUAAUUUUAAAAAAACCCCCAAAAGGGGUUUUUUUUGGGGAAAAAAAAGGGGAAAAAAAGGGGCCCCAAAAACCCCCCCAAAAAAAAAAGGGGGGGGAAAAAAAAAAAAAUUUUAAAAAAAACCCCCCCAAAAAAUUUUUUAAAAAAAAAUUUACCCCAAAAAAAAAAUUUUUUUUUAAAAAAAAUUCCUUCCAAAAAAAAAUUUAAAAUUUCCCCUUUUUUUCCCCCAAUUUUUUUUUCCCCCCCCCCCCCUCCCCUUUUUUUUUUUUUUUCCCCCCAAAAAAUUUUUGGUUUCCCCCAACCCCCCUUUAAAGGGUUUUUUAAAAAAAAAAAAAAAUUUUUUUAAAAAAAAAAAAAGAAAAAAAAAAGGGGGCGGGGGGGGGGAAAAAGAAAGGGGGGGGGGUUUAAAAAAUUUAAAAAAAAAAAAAAAAAGGGGGAAAAAAAAAAAAAGGGGGGAAAAAAAAAAAAAAGGGGGGGAAAAGGGGGGGGGGGGAAAAAAAAAAAAGGGGGGGGGGGGGGGGAAAAAGGGGGGGGGGGGGGGCCAAAAAAGGGGGGGGGGGCCCCCCCAAAAAAAAAACCCCCAAAAAGGGGGGUUUUAAAAAAAAAGGGGGGGGGGGGAAAAAAAAAAAGGGGGGGAAAAAGGGGGGAGAGGGAAAAGGGGGGGGAAAAAAAAAGGGGAAAAAAAAAAAAGGGAAAGGGGGGGAGAAAAAAAAAGGGAAAAAAAAAAAGGGAAAAAAAAAAAACGGGAAAAAAAAAACCAAUUUUGGCCCCCCCCCUUUUUUCCCCCCCCCCUUUUUCCCCAAAAAAAAAAGGGGUUUUAAAAAGGGGGCCCCCAAAAAGGGGGAAAAGGGGGGGGGAAAAAAAAAAAAAAAAAAAGGGGGAAAAAAAGGGAAAAAGGGGGGGAAAAAAAAAAAAAAAAAAAAGAAGGGGGGGGGGGGGUUUUUUUUUUUCCCCCCCCCCCCUCUUUUUUUUUCUCUCCCCCUUUUUUUUUUUUCCCCCCUUUUUUUCUUUUUUCCCCCCCUUUUUCCCCCCCCUACUUAAAACCCCCCCCCCUUUUUUUCCCCCCUUUUUUUUUUUUUCCCCCCCCCCCCCCCUCCCCCCCUUUUCCCCCCCCCAAAAAAAAAAAAAAAAAGGGGGGGGGGGGAAAAAAAAGGGGGGGGGAAACUUUAAAAACCCCGGGGAAAAGGGGGGGGGGGAAAAAGGGAAAAAGGGGAGAGAAAAACGGGGGGGGAAAAAGGGGAGAGGAAAAGGGGGAAAGGGGGGGAAAAAAAAAGAACCAAAAAGGGGGGGGGGAGGGAAAAAAAAAGGGGGGGGGAAAAAAAAAAAAAGGAAAAAAAAGGGGGGAGGGGGAGGGGAAUUUUCCCCCUUUUUUUUUUUUAAAAAAAAAGGGGGGGGUUUUUUUAAAAAAAAAAAAAAAAGGGGGGCCCCCCCCCCCCCAAAAAUUUUUUUUUCCCUUUUUUUUUUUAAAAAACAAAAACCCCUUUUUUUUCCCCCCCUUUCUUAAAAGGGGGGGGGGGGGCCUUUUUUUUCCCAAAUUUUUCCCCCUUUUUUUAAACCCGGCCCCCUUUUUCCCCCCCUUUUUCCCCUUCCCCCCUUUUUUCCCCCCCAAAAAAAAAACCCCAAAAAGGGGGAAAAAAAUUUUUUUAAACCCGGGGGCCCCAAAAGGGGGGGGGUUUUUUUUUAAAAAAAAAAAAAUUUUUUAAUUUUUGGGGGGUUUUUUUUCCCCCCCCCCUUUUUUUCCCAUCCCCUUUUUUUUUAAAAAUUUUUAAAAGGGGGGGGGGAACCAAAGGGGGGGCCCCCCCUUUGGGGGGAAAAAAUUUUUCCCCCCAAAAAAUUUUUUUUAAAAAAAAAAGGGGAAAAAAAAAAAAAAAAAGGGGGAAAAAAAAAAAAAAAUUUUAAAAAAAAAAUUUUCCCCCCCCCCCCCAAAAAAAAAAGGGGGGUUUUUACCAAAAAAAAGGGGGAAAAAGGGGGGAAAAACCCAAAAAAAAAAGGGGGUUUUUUUCCCCCUUUUUUCUUUUUUCUUUUCCCCCUUUUUUUUUUUUUUUUACCCCCCCUCCCUUUUCCCCCCUUUUAAACCCCCCCUUUCCCCCCCUUCCCUGCUUUUCCCCCUCUAACCCCCCCCUUUCUUCCCCCCCCUUUUAAUUUUCUUCCCCUUUUUCCCCCCUUUUUCCCCCCAAAAAACCCCCCCUUUUUUUCCCCCCCCCUUUUUCCCCCCCCUUUUUUAAAACCCCCCCUUUUUUUCCAACCCUUUUUUUUUCCCCCCCCCUUUUUUUUUGGGGGGGGUUUUUUUCCCCCCCUUUCCCCCCCCCUAACUUAAUUAAAUUUUUUCCCCUAAAAAUUUUUUAAAAAAAAAAAAUUUUUUUAAAAAAAAAAAAAAAAAAAAAAAAAAAACCCCCCAAAAAAAAAAAACCCUUUUUUAAAAAAAAAAAAGGGGAAAAAAAAGGGGGGCCCCCAAAAAAAGGGGAAAAAAGGGGAAAAAAAAAAAAAAGGGGAAAAAAAACCCCCCUUUUUUUUAAAUUCCCCCCUUUUUCCCCCUUUUUUGCCCCCUCCCCCCUCCCUUUUUUUUUCCCCUUUUUUCCCCCCCCCCCAAAAAAUUUUUUUUCCCCCCCUUUUUUUAAAAAAACCCCCCUUUUUUUUUUUUCCCCCCAAAAACCCUUUUUUCCCCCCCUUCCUUUUUAAAAAAAACCUCCUUGGGGGAAAAAGGUUCCCCCCCCCCCGGGGGGGGGCCCCCCCCGGGGGAAAUUUUUGGGGGCCCUCCUUUCCCCUUUCCCCUCUCCUUUUUCUUUUUUCUUUCCUUUUUUCCCCCCCCUUUCCCCCCCCCCCUUUUUUUACCCCCCUUUUUUUUUUUAAAGGCCCCCCCCCCCCAAAAUUUUUUUUUUUUUUUUCCCCCCCCCUCCCCCCCCCCUUUUUUUUUUCCCCUAUACCCCCUCCCCCCCCUUUUUUUUCCCCCCCCUUAAAAUUAAAAUCCCGGAAAAAAAAGGGGGGGUUUCUUUUUUCUUUCCCCCCCCUUUUUUAAAAUUUUUUUCCCCCCCCUUUUCCCCCUUUCCCCCUUUUCCCCCCCCUUCCCUUUUCCCCCUCUCCCCCCCUUUCAAAUUUUUUUUUCCCCCCCUUUUUUUUUUCCCCCUUCCCCCCUUUUUCCCCCCCUCUUCCCCUUUUUCUAACCCCCCUUUCUCUUUCUUCCCCUCUUCCCCCCCCCCCCCUCUCUCUCUUUUCCCCCUCUUCCUUUUCCCCCCGGGCCCCCCUUUUUUCCCCCCAACCCUUUUUAAAACCCUUUUUAAAAAUUUUUUUUUUUUUUUCCCCCCCCCUUUUCUUUCCCCCAAACCCGGCCCCCCAAAAAAAAACCGGGGGGGGGUUUUUUUUUUUUUUUCUUCCCCUUCCCUUUUUCUCUCUCUUCUCUUUCCCCCUCUCUCUCCCCCCCUUUUUUUUUUUUUUCCCUUUCCCCUUUUUUUUUUCUACCCCCAAAGGGGGGGCCCCCCCCCCCCAAAAAAAAAACCCCCCCCGGGGGGGCCCCCCCCCCCCAAAAAAACCCUUUUCCCCCCCCCCCCCCCUCUUCUAACCAAACCCCCCUUUUUCCCCGGUUUUCCCCCCCCCCCCUUUAAAAAUUUUUUUUUCCCUUUUUUUCUUUUCCCCCCCCAAAAAAACCCCCCCUUUUCUCCCCCCAAAAUUUUUUCCCCCUUUUUAAAAAAAACCCCUUUUCCCCUUUGCCCUUUUUUUAAAUUUUUCUUCUCUAAUCUUUCUUCCCCCCCUUUUUUUUUUUCCCCAAAUUUUUUUUUCCCCCCCCCCCCCCUUUUUCCCCCCCCCUUUUUUUUUUUUCCCCCCCCCCCCCCCCCUUUUUUUUUUAUCUCCCUUUCCCAAGUUUAAUUUUUUCCCCCCUUUUUCCCCCCGUUUCCCCUUUUCCCCCCCCCUUUUCCCCCUUUUUUUCCCCCCCCUCCCCUUUCCCCCCCCAACCCCCCCCAAACCCUUUUCCCCCUUUUUUUUUUUCCCCCCCCCCCCUUUUAAAAAACCCCCCUUUUUUUUUCCCCCCCCCCCCCGGGCCCCCCGGGGGUUUCCCCCGGGGGGGGGGAACCGGGGGCCCCCCCCCAAAAAGGGGGGAAAAAAAAAAAAAACUUUAAAACCCAAAAAACCACCGGGAAAAAAAAAAGGGGGGGGAAAAAAAAAAGGGGGGGAAAAGGGGGGGGGGGAAAAAAAAAAAAUUUUUGGGCCCCCCAACCCCUCUUUUUUUAAAAAAGGGCCCCCCCCCCCCCCCUUUUUUUUAAAAUUUUUAAAAAAAACCCUGGGGGGUUCCAAACCCUUUUGAAAAUUUUUUUUUCCCCAAACCCCUUUUUUAAAAAUUUUUUUAAACCCCCUUUUUUCCCCCCCCCUUUUUUCUACACUCUCCAAGCACUGACGUUAUGUCCUCUCUACUCCUCACUCUCUCUCUCUCCUCUCUCUCUCUCUCUGACACAGAGUGUCUUGCCCAAGCACAUGUGAACUUUAUGUCGCUCUCUACCUACCUCACCUUGUUUCUCUCCUCCCUAUCUAUUGUCUCACCAUCUCUCUCCCCUCUCUCUCUCCCCUCUCUCUCUCCCUUCUCCCUGACAGAUGCAGAGUGGCUUGCCCACAGUGAACAGUUAUGUCACAGCACCCAAUAUCCCGGCCUACCCCCCUCCCACCCCAGUGUCGCCCUACAUGGGGUACAGCGCCACCACGUCGGCCUAUGUGACCGGUCCCACAUGGCAGCCGCCCAGUGGCAGUGCGCUCUCUCACCACAGCUGUGACAACAUUGCCUCCUCGCUGACCUUCAAAGGUAUGACAGCCCACCACCGUGACAACAUCUAUGCCCACGCCGUCAGCGCCUCAGCACUGUAGAACACAGACAGACGGGCGGACGGACGGAGAGAGAGGGAAGAAGAGGGGGAGCAGGACAGACGGACGGACGGGCAGACUGAGAGAAAAGAGGAGGGAAGAAGGAAGCGAGAGGGAGCAGGACAGACGGACGGACGGGCAGACAGAGAAAGGAGGAGGGAGGAAGGAGGCGAGAGGGUCCUGU